AUGGAUGACAUAACUGGUAGAGCUUGGGACCUUCUUAAAUAUAACAUCAGAAUCAAUCCUCUGGUUGAUGAUAAGAUUAAUUGGAAAGGUAUGAGGAAUGGCAUAUUCUCAGUUAACAGUGCCUGGAGAAAUUUAGCAGCUGUGGAGAAUCAAGUGUCCUGGAAUAAAGUUGUUUGGUAUCCUGGAAUGAUUCCCAGACAUUCCUUUGUAACCUGGUUAGCUAUUAUGGGUAGAUUGAACACAAAUGACAAGCUUAUGAGAUGGGGAGUGAUCCAAUCCAAUGUUUGUUCUCUGUGUAACACUCAUACAGAAACCAUAGGUCACUUAUACUUUGACUACAGCUUCUCAGCUAAUAUCUGGAGUAAUAUCUUAAGAAUUUCUGGGGAUAUUAGACCUGAAAAUUGCUUGAGAAGAGAAAUUAGUUUUCUGACUAGAAGAGCUAAUGAGAGAUCCAAAAAGUCUAAAGCUAGAAGGCUUUGGUUUAAUGCUGCUGUCUAUCAUAUUUGGUAUGCCAGGAAUGAUUUAGUUUUUAAUCAAAUGUGCAGAGUAUUGAGCAGGGGCUUGUUAGUCCUCUGGGCUUUUGUCUAG